CUCCUUCCGGCUGGCGGCAAGAUGGCGGCGGGGUCGGCGGAGCUGCAGCGGUUGCAGUGGCGGUUGGAGGAGCUGGAGCAGCGCGUCGGCGACGGGGCCUGCGGACCGCGCAAGGUGGCGGACGAGCUGGUGAAGGUGCAGGUGGCGCUGAGCAAUAUCGCCGGCAAGAGGGAGAGGAUCAAAAUCCUAUUUAAGAAAAUUGAGGAUGUAAUAAAAUACCUCGACCCUCAGUACAUUGAUAGGAUGGCUAUUCCAGACGCCAUGAAGCUGCAGUUCAUCUUGGCAGAGGAGCAGGUUAUUCCUUCCCAAGCAGCCCUUCUGGAGCAGGUGAAGAACCUCCAGCCCAUCUUGGACAGUGCCAGUAUCCAAGCGGUUCCUGACCAUGCAGCCAAACUACAGCGACUCUCUCAAAUCCACAUACAGCAGCAGGAACAGCGUCAAGAUCUCGCCGACAGUGUCAAGACACUCCUCGAAGACUACAACAAAAUGACCCUGCUUCUUUCCAAGCAGUUCGUCCAGUGGAAUGAAAUACUGACACGGCUGGAAACGGCCAAGGAAGCGAAACCGGUGGCAGAGUGAUGGUGGAGCCGGCAGCGUGGAGAACCCCGGGGACCCUGCUGGCCUUGGGUCGCUCAGGAGAGGCUGCAGCACAGCUUGCACCCUGUCGUCUCGGCAUCUUUCCACUCGGCGUGAGCAUGCUGCAAGUGAUGUCACAGGCUCUCGGGGGGCACCCUGGCUCCGUGGCUGUGCUGUGUUGGCCCCGAAUUGAAGCCACACUACUCCUUAAUAUGCCACUGUUCGCUAAUCUUGCACUUCCCUGAAAUAGGUUUUUGGUUUGUAACAUAUUUAAAAAUCCCUUUUAGCUCUCACUGUGGACCAUAGUAAAGUCCUGAAA